AUGCAGCGUGCCCUCCAGCAGCAGCAGUGGGACGGCAGUGAAUCUAACUCAUUCUGUGCUUUGGAGCAGGAGUCACUCAUAGGAUGGAAAGCGCGGCACGGAAGGAACAGUGCGCAGGCAAAAGGGAGCCUUAUCCAAAGCCACAUUCGCAUGUAAGCGAAGACGUUUGCCAGAGAUGUGCUGCAAGCCCAGUGCAGACCAGCGUUUGCCAGGACCCAAAUGGACCGGUUGUUUAGUAGUAAAUAUACCAAGAACUUGUCUAGUUUCAUAAAAAAGGAUAAAAGCCUCAACGAAUCCCUGUAUAAAUACGAGCCACCAUUUGGCUUCCGGCAUUAUGUUGAUGAACUCAGUGACCUGCUGGAAAUGAUGCCAGAAGACGGCCUGCCGAAGGAAUUGCACUCCAAACACUGCAAGAGGUGUAUUGUCAUCGGAAGCGGUGGGAUCCUUCACGGACUGGAACUUGGACAAAUGGUUGACCAGUUUGAUAUUGUUAUCAGGUUAAACAAUGCCCCAGUGCAUGGAUACGCACAAGACGUCGGGAACAAAACGACCAUUCGGAUGACCUAUCCAGAAGGUGCCCCUGUGUCUGAGCAGGAAUACCAGCACAGUAGUCUCUUUGUCACCGUGCUCUUCAAACACGCAGAUUUCCGAUGGCUAGAGGCAGUGCUGAAGAACCAAAAGCUGUCUGCGUGGAACCGUUUUUUUUUCUGGAAGAGGGUAACAGAUAAAAUUCCGCUGAAUUCCAGCCAGUUUCGUGUCCUGAAUCCUCUUAUUAUAAAAGAGACAGCAAUUGACAUCUUGGGAUUCCCUAAACCUCAGAAGAGAUGGCUAGGCUGGGACAAGAACGUGCCAACGAUAGGGAUGACGGCGGUUAUUCUGGCCACGCACCUCUGUGAUGAAGUGAACCUUGCCGGCUUUGGCUACGAUCUCAGCCAGCCUGACGCCUCCUUGCACUACUAUGAUAACCGGUGCAUGAAUAUCAUGAAUGACCAGCCUAUGCACGACGUAACCAAAGAGAAGAAGAUGCUCCGGACUUUGGUGAAAGAAGGUGUUGUGAGGGAUCUGAGUGGAGGGAUACACUGUGCUUUUUGUGACACUCAGCACUACACGGAGUAG